AUGUCUAAGAAAAUCGUCGUCGUAACUGGUGCUACCGGAAAACAAGGUGGCUCCGUAGUAUCAGCCCUGCUCCGUCAUGGCGGGUACACCGUUCGUGGCUUGAUGAGGAACCUUCACUCUGCUUUAUCCCGAGAGCUUACUGCCCAGGGCGCUGAAAUGGUGCAGGCAUCUCUCAUGGAGAAGGACAGCCUUAUCCACGCCUUCAAGGGCGCAUAUGCGGUAUUUGGAGUCACGGUCCCGGCGGAAGAGAGUGAUUUUGAGCAGGGUAAAAACAUGGUAGAUGCCUGCCUUGCGAACAAGGUCGAUCUGUUCGUCUGGUCGUCCCUGCCGAGCUCCAGUGAACUCUCGAACGGAAAGUAUCCCAUGAGGUUCUGGGACGAUAAGUAUGCUGUCGACAAGUAUAUCAAAGCCGUGGGCCAGCCCUCGGUCAUAUUUAUGCCAGGAAGCUUCACCGAAAAUCUGAUCAGCUUCGGUCAGCUCAAGCCCGUGGCGUCGGACACUUGGGAAAUUCAGUACCCUGUUGCAACAGCGGACUACGUCCAGCCGUUCCUGUACGUGGAAAAGGACUUGGGAGAAGCCGUCACCGCACUUAUUGACCACUGGGAUGAUGCCGAUUGGAAGGAGCGUCUGACCAAGGACGUGAUUCAAAUGUCCUCAUACAAUAUCACAGGCGGGGAGAUGGCAGGUAUUAUUGCCCGAAUUACGGGAAGGGAUGUCAGUUACGUAUUGAGUAACAAUGUCCCAGAUUUCUAUAAGACGAUGUGGGAAUUCUGCGUUGAGUACUGGCCUACUCCCGAAGCGAUUCCGUCAAAGGUCCUCCUAGACCUUGGGAUCAAGUUCCACACUUUCGAGGAUUAUGUGCGUGAGAAACUUGUUCCUUUCAUGAACGCGGCGUGAUGCAGGAUAUUGCGGAAUUAAUCCGCUCAGUAACUAAGAGUUGAUGUUCAGAGACUAAUAAAUUGAUGAC